GUGUUUCCGGUUGCUUUCUGGUGUUGCUAACUGGGCUAGCUACUAGCUGCCACCUCCUCCUCUGAAAUACCGGCGAGUUAUCCCGAGCGUGAAUGUCUCACAAAACGUCAGUCCACAAGCUGUUAGUGGUUUAUUGGAAAGAUAAAUAUCAAGAUAUUAACUCGGCGGUCCUGUGGUUUUUCAUCUGAAAGGAAAGGUGCUCCAGGGGCCUCCGCAUAAACAGUGAACACAAGAUGUAUGUGAUGAUGGAGAGAGGAAAGAAAAAUGUCCUGGACGAUGGUUUGGGCAGAGACUUGAUGAACGCAGGGCGGUUUUGCUUCAGCUGUGAGCAGAUAUUUGCAAAUCGGAAAUGCCUGGAGGAUCACUUCUGUCCUGCUGUAAGUUUCAUCUGCUCCUGUGGAACUGAGUUUGCUGAAUACAGAGACAUGCUGGAGCAUAGCACUACACAUGAACCAGGACACCAGGUGCUCGAUCAUGGAACAAUAAGGAAGCGCAGAAUUGAGAAGCACAUCGAGGAGGAGGAGAAGCUCCACCGGCUACAGACCGGUGAGGUUGUAUGGAAGUCAACUAAAAUGAACAAUGUGCCAUCAAUGUCUGUGCAGAAGAAGCCAAUGCUGCAAGCAUCCAUUUCAUCAGCUCGUAUGCCACAAGUUCCCAUGCAGUCUGCACAGAUUUCACAAGUGCCUCAGAUGUACCACCCUAAGUCAAAAGCACCUUUGCACCCAAAUCCCAUUCAUAGUGAAAAGGACAUGCAGAAUAUUUUUGCAGGUGUGGGUGCACCAACAGUGGAUCUUUGGACACUUUACCAGCCUGUAGUGUUGGUGCAAACAGUGCGACACUUUAGCAAGACGAAGCCCUACACUUGUGGUAAAUGUGGGCUGGGUUUUACAUCAAAGACCUCUCUCAUCUCUCACCACAGCACUCAUGUCACGGAUAAAGUUUCUGGAUGCAUAGGCUGUGGGCUGCUGCUCUCCAGCAAGAAGAUGGUGCCUCGCUUCCAUGUUUGUAAGGCACCCAACACUGCUACCAAACUGAGAAUCAUCACUGCGAAACCGCUGCGUAUGCCGAUGCCAAUUGCUGCCAUUACAGCUAGAAAUCCCAGUGUUCAGUGGCCUCGCGCCACUUCCUCUCCACAGCUGAAAAAACAGAACCCCAGUGCAGCCAGUAAAGGCAGUCGGGCACUUAUGACUUCCUCCCAGCAGUGGAAAAAUCAGAAAAUCCAAACAUACAAUAAAAGCAAUCAGGGGUUCCGUGUCUCUCCGUCCCUGCAGGUAAAGAGUCAGAAUCCCGGUGCAGCCAUGAAAAGCCGGUAUCCCACCAUUCCCUCCAUGCAGUUGAAGACGCCCACAAAACCGGCAUCAGUUGUAUGGGGCAAAACAACACAGGCAUCCUCUGCAUCAAAUGGGUUCCCAUGCCGAGUCUGUCAUCUUCCUUUCGAUACAGCUCAGCUGCUGCAGAGGCACAAGUGUGUCAAGGCACGAGAGUUCAUGGCUCAGCACCUGCGAGGUGGCAAACAGCACUUCAAACUAAAGAGCGUGACACCAAUGGCCAGUCCCAGUCCUGCUCAGCUUAAUGGUGAGAUAAAACGUGGGGUUCCAGCUUCUGGUAACAUAAAUAAAGGCCAUGUGAUGGCCGUCGGCCUGGACAAAGGACAAGGGGCAGUUCCUGUGAAUGGGAUAACAGGAGUGGAUGCGGAUGAUGAUUGUUACAUAGUUGAAAGUGGACCAGACAAACCUGCUGAGAUGAUUUACCAAGUAACCUCAUCCGUCCCUAUCAAGACUUGACAAAUCUAGAGAGGCACAUCCAUUUUGCAUGUCACAUUUUAUGUUUUAUGGACCAAGUGCAUUCCUGUUUGAACAGUAUCUACUUGUUUAAGGUCUUUGCACAGGAACACAACGCUUUCUGGCUUUCUCCAAACUAUUAAAGGCGAAAGAAGUUAGGAUCACUAGUAACAACCAUUCAUCUUAAUCAAGCUGGAAUUGUUUUGUCAGUUCUGUAAACGGUCCAGCCAUUGUGCCCAUGCAUUAUGAUAGAAAAUGUAAAUCAAUAAAGUUACUUAAUAAAAUAUUCGUGCACGGUUUACCCAUGUUUGGUGGGAUAGCCAGGUACUGUCUUAUAGUUUUUGUUUUUUAAAUAUGUUUUUAGUAUGAUCAGAAUGUGUUGUGUGCAGCUUUGGGAAGUGACCACAAUACCAUGGGUUCUUACCGGCUUUGUCAGACUUUAAGAAUACAGUAUAUGUUGUAUUAAACUAUAUUUUCAAACUCA